AUGCUGGUGCACACCUACCCCGCCAUGGAGCGCCCCGACGGGCUAGGCGCAGCGGCCGGAGGGACCCGCCUGUCGUCUCUGCCCCAGGCGGCCUACGGGCCGGCGCCGCCGCUGUGCCACACGCCGGCCGCCACCGCCGCGGCGGACUUCCAGCCGCCCUACUUCCCGCCGCCCUACCCGCAGCCGCCGCUGCCCUAUGGCCAGGCGCCCGACGCCGCCGCCGCGUUCCCGCACCUGGCCGCGGACCCGUACGGCGGCCUGGCGCCCCUGGCGCAACCGCAGCCUCCGCAGGCCGCCUGGGCCGCGCCCCGCGCCGCCGCCCGCGCCCACGACGAGCCUCCCGGCUUGCUGGCGCCGCCCGCCCGAGCUCUGGGCCUCGACCCGCGCCGGGACUACGCGGCCGCCGUGCCCCGGCUCCUGCACAGCCUGGCCGACGGCGCACACGGCCUGGCCGACGCGCCUCUCGGCCUGCCUGGCCUGGCCGCUCCGCCCGGCCUGGAGGAUCUGCAGGCCAUGGAUGAGCCGGGGAUGAGCCUCCUGGAUCAAUCCGUGAUCAAGAAAGUCCCUAUCCCCUCCAAAGCUGGCAGCCUCUCCGCCCUCUCACUGGCCAAAGACAGCCUGGUUGGCGGCAUCACCAACCCCAGUGAGGUCUUCUGCUCCGUGCCUGGCCGGCUCUCGUUGCUCAGCUCAACUUCCAAGUACAAGGUGACCGUGGGGGAGGUGCAGCGGCGACUCUCGCCUCCCGAGUGCCUCAACGCCUCCCUCCUGGGGGGUGUCCUCCGCAGGGCCAAGUCCAAGAAUGGAGGCCGCUGUCUGCGGGAACGGCUGGAGAAGAUUGGGCUCAACCUGCCAGCUGGCCGUCGGAAGGCAGCCAACGUCACGCUACUGACCUCGCUGGUGGAAGGAGAAGCUGUGCACCUGGCUCGAGACUUUGGCUAUGUCUGUGAGACCGAGUUCCCAGCCAAGGCAGCUGCUGAGUACCUGUGUAGACAGCACGCUGACCCCGGGGAACUACACAGCCGCAAGAGCAUGCUGCUGGCCGCCAAGCAGAUCUGUAAGGAGUUUGCCGACUUGAUGGCUCAGGACCGGUCUCCCCUGGGUAACAGCCGCCCGGCACUCAUCCUGGAACCCGGGGUGCAGAGCUGUCUGACACACUUCAGCCUCAUCACCCAUGGCUUCGGUGGGCCUGCCAUCUGCGCUGCCCUCACGGCCUUCCAGAACUAUCUGCUGGAGUCACUCAAGGGCCUGGACAAGAUGUUUCUAAGCAGUGCAGCAAGUGGGCAUAGUGAAACGAAGGCUUCAGAAAAGGAUGUUAAGCAUCGGAAAUAACUGCUUCUCUCGCCCCGGAGAUGAGGCCUUGGCUCCUAGGGUGAGCCUGAAAGGACUAAACAGUGUGAUUAGAAUCAGGCCAGAAAGAGAAUGCUUAUGCAUAAAGCCAGAGCCCUUGGGAUCUAGCUGGGAAUAAGGGAGGGAGGCGUAUCUAUGGUGGUCUGCAGUAAGUUAAAGGGGCAGGUAUCGGUCUCACAUGUGAAGUUUCCUGGCCUUUGCUGAGAUGGGCUUGCACAGGAAUUGGCAUGGCAAAGGCUGGCUCGUGGGGCAGAGUCUUCCCUCUGGGGUGCCUGGGCAGCAGUGAACAACCCAGGGAACCAAGACUCUCUGCUUUUUUACUGAUGGCAGGAGGGACACUGUUAACACAUCAGAGGUACUACUGAGGAGUUAGUGACCCUCACUCCGAUAUCUCCUACCCCAGAAAAAGGGUAUGGGCAAGAGGUCCCAGUGGGCUCUUUGGAUCCUUCUCACUUGGAGAAAAGUGGGCAGAAGAGGUCUAUGAGGAGCAAAGAAGAAAAAGCACAAAUUACAGAACCUGAAUCCAGGCUGCAUGUCACAGUCCUGUUGCUAUUUAUUUAUGUAUAUUGUAAUUAAACUUGAAAGUUUAAAAGAGUUUAACAUAAUUACUUAUCCUAAUGAGUUGGGAUUCAUCGCACUGUUUUUUCCUUCAUGUACUAUGAAUUCCUUAUGGGCCAGGAUAGAGGGGUAUGUUUGUUCACAAAGGGCUAUGUGUAAGCUAAGGGGGAAGAAAGGUUUAUCAGGUACCCCAAGGUCAUUGCCAGAAUUUUGACUCCGAAGUUGACAUAUACCUCCUCACCUCAGACUAAUUUCUUGCUCUCUUAGCAAAAUCUGAUUUUGAAGCCCUCACUGUUCUGCAGCUCAGAUCUGAAUUCUCUUCCUAAGAGUCAGUGGGGAGAGAGACAGGGCAUGGGAAUUAGAAGGGAGGCUAGCAUACUAAAAGGAGGGGAGGCAUGUGGGCUUUGCUGAGAAGGGUGCAGAUGAUGGGCAUCUAUAUGGCUUGUCAGUGUGAUUGUGUGUCAAGGGAACACUGUGUGUGCAUUCCUGUGUAUUACUGGUCCAGUGAGGGAAUGUCUGGCUGGGAGGCCCAUGCA